UUUAUUCUGAAAGCAAAGCCCUUUAUUUGUUUCUUUGAGGUUCUAAGGGGUUUAAGAGUUUUGCUGGCUGUAUCCUAUUCCGUAAAUUUUUCUUGUAAUUCCUAUUGAAAAUUAGCUGAAAUCAUUACAAAUCUCGGAAAAUCCCUAAAAAGCGAAAAAGAUUAUGGUUUUCGGUCAGGUUGUGAUAGGGCCGCCGGGCUCCGGCAAGACUACUUACUGCAACGGCAUGUCCCAAUUCCUCCAACUCAUCGGACGGAAAGUUACAGUUAUUAAUUUGGAUCCCGCCAAUGAUGCUUUGCCAUAUGAAUGUGCUAUAAAUAUUGAGGAUCUCAUUAAACUCAGCGAUGUAAUGGCUGAGCAUUCCCUUGGUCCCAAUGGAGGUCUCGUGUAUUGCAUGGAUUAUCUGGAGAGAAAUAUUGACUGGUUAGAAUCCAAAUUGAAACCCCUGCUCAAAGAUCACUAUCUACUAUUUGAUUUCCCUGGCCAAGUCGAACUCUUUUUCCUUCAUGAAAGUGCAAAAAGAGUUAUUAUGAAACUCAUAAAGAAGUUAAAUCUCAGGUUGACUGCAGUGCACUUAGUUGACGCCCAUCUUUGCAGUGAUCCUGGGAAGUAUGUUAGCGCAUUGCUUCUUUCUUUGUCAACCAUGCUACACUUGGAACUUCCUCAUGUCAAUGUUUUGUCUAAGAUUGAUCUUAUUGAAAACUAUGGGAAGCUUGCUUUCAACCUCGACUUUUACACAGAUGUGCAAGAUUUAUCUUAUUUACAGCACCAUCUUGAUCAGGAUCCUCGUUCUGCUAGGUAUAGAAAGCUUACAAAGGAGCUGUGCGAGGUGAUCGAAGAUUACGGUCUCGUCAACUUCACGACUUUAGAUAUUCAGGAUAAAGAAAGUGUUGGCAAUCUAGUUAAACUAAUUGACAAGAGCAAUGGGUAUAUAUUUGCUGGUAUGGAUGCAAGUGCAAUUGAGUUCAGCAAAAUUGCAGUCGGUCCAGUGGAUUGGGAUUACUAUAGAGUUGCUGCAGUGCAGGAGAAGUACAUGAAGGACGAUGAGGAUAUUGACGAGGACAAGUCGGAUCAUAAAUAAAACGAGUUUGAAAAGACAAGGUAAUGGCUAGCUAGCUUUCACUGUUGCAAUUUCUUGAUGAACACGGGAGAGAUUCCUGAGCUAAAAGUCAUUAAAGGAUUGCAGUGUACACUAGGAAGCAUGCUUUUUCUUGAAGGCCUGCGUGUUAUUUAUGACGAAAUUCGUGUACCAUAAACUAAAUAAUGUAAUCUUAUGUGUAUUAUUUUGUUCGAAUCAAGAAAUGGACCUAUCGAAGAAUUACGAUAUUCUAACAGCUCGUGAUUGGUUAAUAUGUUCUGACUGACUGACUUUGGAGCUAGCCGGAAUUAUCUUUUGCGGUCGAUCGAGUUUUCUCGGUUGGAAUUUGUACUGUUUGAUGUGGUCUAUUGUGGAGGCCACAAGAUUAUUUGUCCUUGAUUUCAUUCA